GGGUCGGGAGCGCCGGGCGCCGAGAGGGGAGCGGAGCGGCGGCGUGAGGGCGGCGGAGCGGAGCGCGGGGUUCCCCUGCCCCCGGGGACACCGGUGAGCCGCUGCGCAGACCCCGCCUCGCUUCUCGCUCAGGAGCCGCGGGCCUGCUGGGCCCGGCCCGGGGGGUGCCCGGUGUCCUCGCCGCUGGGCCCCGGCUGCUGGAGGAGGUUUCCCCGCCGAGCGAGCGCUUUCCCCAGGCAGCGGCGGUUGGUGACAUCGGCGACGUCGUCCCCGCCGCAGGAAGAAAAUGAACCUGAAAUCUGAGCGCAGAGGGAUUCACGUGGACCAGUCGGAGCUGCUGUGCAAGAAGGGCUGCGGUUACUAUGGCAACCCUGCUUGGCACGGCUACUGCUCCAAGUGCUGGAGGGAAGAAUACCACAGGGCCAGGCAGAAGCAGAUCCAAGAGGACUGGGAGCUGGCAGAGAGGCUACAACGUGAGGAGGAAGAAGCUUAUGCCAGCAGUCAGAGCACCCAAGGAGCACAGUCACUGACCUUCUCAAAGUUUGAAGAGAAGAAAACCAAUGAGAAAACCCGAAAGGUCACCACUGUGAAGAAAUUCUUCACUGCUUCUGCCAGAACAGGAGCCAAAAAGGAGAUCCAAGAAGCCAAGGCUCCCAGCCCUUCUGUGAGCAGGCAGGCCAGCAUCGAGACAGACCAAGUAUCCAAGGAGUUCAUAGAGUUUCUCAAGACCUACCAUAGGCCUGGGCAAGACAUCUAUAAGCAAUGUAAACUCUUUUUGGAUGCAGUGAGUCGGAAAAGGGACUUAAGCAUUGAGGAGCAGUCUGAGUGUGCCCAGGACUUCUAUCAGAAUGUGGCAGAGAAAUUGCAGACACGUUGGAAAGUGCCCCCAGAAAGGGUGGAGAAGGCAAUGGAUCAGAUUGAAAAAUACAUUAUGACUCGACAGUAUAAAUAUGUCUUUUGCCCUGAAACAACUGAUGAUGAGAAGAAAGAUCUUGCUGUCCAAAAGAGGAUCAGGGCUCUGCACUGGGUGACCCCCCAAAUGCUGGGUGUUCCUGUCAAUGAAGAAAUUCCAGAAGUGUCUGAUAUGGUGGUAAAAGCAAUUACAGAUAUUAUCGAAAUGGAUUCCAAGUGUGUCCCUCGUGACAAAUUAGCCUGCAUCACCAAGUGCAGCAAGCAUAUAUUUAAUGCUAUUAAGAUCACCAAGAAUGAGCCAGCUUCUGCUGAUGAUUUCCUGCCAACCCUCAUCUACAUUGUUCUGAAGGGAAACCCGCCCCGGCUGCAGUCCAACAUCCAGUACAUCACACGCUUCUGCAACCCCAGCAGGCUGAUGACAGGAGAAGAUGGCUACUACUUUACCAACCUGUGCUGUGCUGUGGCCUUCAUUGAAAAACUGGAUGCUCAGUCACUAAAUCUAAGCCAAGAAGACUUUGAUCGGUUCAUGACUGGCCAGACUUCCCCGAAGAAGCAGGAAUCCGAUGGGUUCUCACCUGAUGUGUGCCUGGGUGUUCAGCAAAUGUACAAAAACUUAGAGCUGCUGUCUCAGCUGAAUGAGAGACAGGAGAGAAUUGUCAGUGAAGCCAAGAAGCUUGAGAAAGACCUCAUAGAUUGGACUGAUGGAAUUACAAAGGAAGUCCAAGAUAUUGUUGAGAAAUAUCCAUUAGAAAUAAAGCCAAAACCUCAGGCCUUAGCAGCUAUUGACUCUGAAAACGUGGAGAAUGACAAGCUGCCCCCUCCCCUGCAGCCUCAGGUGUAUGCAGGGUAAUUGAGCAGUGUUCCCUGUGAAAAGCAGCAUUAUCCUCCCCUGGUGCUACGGGAAGGGUGGUGAAUUUAAGGCUAAAAGAGUCAGAUGAGCUUCAGUCAGCACAUUUUUAACGGUACUUCUCUUUUGUUAAGUGUAAUGAAUUGUAUUUCUUUUAGUCCAGUAGAUUUCUAUUAGGCUUUUGUGGGUUUUUGAACUGAAUUUAGGUUUUUUCUACACAACCUGGUGUCAUUUUUAAGCAACACUAGUCCAUUGACAUCUUUCCUGAAAGCUUCCUUCCAGGCAUGCACUUCCUGGGGCUUCGUAUCGGCUUGAACUGGAAUUCAGGUUCCAGCACAAAGCUCCAAAGGUACCAAUGUUGGGCUGGAUUUCCUCUGUAGCUGUAAAGAUGAAAAUAGAUACUGUAAAAUAUGUACAAUUGUAAAUAGAUUUAAAGACUACUGUGUCAGUUGUGUGACAUUUGGGGUGUGAAUGAAGUGACAGAAGUGGUCCUUUAGCACCUUUCAGUGCAGGAUGAACUGUGCACUGUGGGUGUUUCAGUGAGCUGGCUGGGAUGAGCCAGAGAGGAGCUUGCUGCAGUGGCUGGAAGCUUGGACAUCUCAGCAGCUGCUCUGUAAAAAAAACCCAGAGUGCUGUUGUGGUUUAGCCACGUGUCCAAGUCAUAACAUCCCUCCCCUCCUGAACUGGAGAGAGAAAUACAACAAAGGGCUUGUGAGUGGAGAUGAGGACGGAGAGAUCACCCAGCAACUGGUGUCACUGGCAAAACAGACUCAGCUUAGGGAGAAAAAGCUUUGAUUUAGGAAAGGAACAAUAAGAGCAGGAAGUUGAGAUAUAAAACUGUCUUAAGAAACCCUUCCCCCACCCCUCCUCUGCCCAGGACUCUCCUUCCUUCCCCCCCAGCAGCACAGGGGAUGGGGGCUGCUGCUGCUGCUCAGGGAGAGGCCCCCUCACCCUGUCCCCUGCUGCACUGUGGGUCCCUCCAGGGGACACAGUCCCUCCCCAGCUGCUCCAGCCUGGCUCCUCCCCACGGGCUGCAGAGAUGUUUCCACUCUCACUCCCUGUUGCUGCAGUUCAGCAGCUGCUCAGCAACUUCCUCCCUUCUCAACAGUCAAUCACAGAGGUGCUCAGUCACACAUUGGCCAGGCCUGGGUCAGGGGCAGGGUCCAGCUUAGAAUUAACCGGCCCCAACCCUGUGAGCUACAGGGGAAGCUUCUGGCAAGUCUUUGUUUAAGAAGCCACCCCUGUAGCCCUCCCCCCUGGCCCAGGCAAAGCCACCACAGCCACUGCAAAUGUGCCAUUUCUCCUUGUCAGGGUGCCCUGUGCCUGGUCACCUGGGAGCCUGCAGCAGUGCACACAGCUGCUGCUGUGACUCCUGGAGGUUAAGCCAGGCUGCAGACAGGAAGGGAGGGGUUUUAGUAGAACUUGCACAACCUGGAACAAAAGAGGGAGUGGGGAGAGUGGAAGAGUUGCACCAGGAGUGGCUUUUGGUUGUGGCAUUGCAGGGGCACGUCCUGGCUUUUGUUGAUAGUCUUUGAUGGCUUUACUGACAGUCUGGCAGGUAAGUAAGCUCCUGUCAUGGGAGGCUGCCUCUCAGAAGCAGCAGGAGCCAGUGCUCUCAGCAGUGCACACUGGCAUAAAGUCUAUGCUACAUCAUUCAGGUGUCAUUUGAAGUAUCUUCCAGCUCCUCCACUCUGCCCUGGUGUGUGUGUGCCUCAGACAUCCAACACAGAGCCACUGCAGCUGCUCUUAACGUGGGGUUCUUGCCAUCAAGAAGGGAAAGUACCUACCUCCUCCUGAGUUCCACUGCUCCCACAGCACUGCAGUUGCACAUUUGCACUGCAAUAACUUCAGACCACAACUGUGAUUUGUCCCAUUUUGACAGCUGUAUUUAGCCUCAGGAGUGAGGGAUCCCCAGUGCUCCAGGGACAACCCAAAGCUCCAGCCCCACAUCCUGAGGUGAAGCCAGGAGCUGAAGUCAGGUGAUUCGAUGUACUCGUGUGUCACAGCUCCCUCCUUGCCGAGGACAUGACCCAGUGCUUGCAGUAAAGAGCUGCAAAGUCAUUGCUUUGCUUUCUAAACACCAGCUGCUAAUUGUGCUGUGCAGGGCCACAGGUUCUCCUGAGGAGCAGGGGAAGAAAACCACAAACUUUGAGCCAGGUGUGAGUCGCCACUUUAACUACAAAGUGUGUUGUGGUGCCCUUGGUGGGUUUGUACAGAGCAGCCGCUGAGAUGUCAGUUUCCAGUCAUUACAGCCAUGGCCUCUGCCCUCUUGUCCUGAAGAUGCCGUCAGUGAUUCUGCUGACGCUAAUUGCAGCUGCUUCUGCACUCCCAGUGCUUUGGGAGACACCUUCUUACAGGUGACAGUGUCUUUGCAGUUAAUCAUUGUCAGGAUUAACUCCUUAGGAAGGACCUGCUGCUGCUUUUGUCAUCACUGAGACAUUUUGGCUGUUAAAGAACUUUAAGAUGAUGGAACCCAACCACUGCCAGCAGGUGCUGGGAUCCUGACCCACUCUGAGGCCCUGCCCACGCUGGAGUGCUUGGUGGCCACCCCCUCCUGACCUUGCUGGCUGCCCACCCCCAGCUGGGACCAGGCCACCCAGGCCUGAGCUCAGUGAAUAACCCCCCCAGCCUGAGCAGGGGCAGGAGGGAGGAGGCUUCAGGAGAUGCCCAAGACAGGGAGCUGUGCUGGAACGUGGCCCACAGCUGCUUUCCAGCUGGUGUAGGGGAAUGAGAUGCUCCCCUGUCCCUCUCCUCACCCCAGGCGUUUCCAGGACAAGGUCCCACCUUCACAAGGGGCUGUGUCAGCUCAGGACCAGCUGCUCAUGGCUGCAGCCAUCACCCCACCCUGAGACACGAGCAGUUUUUGCAAGAGUGUCCUUCCCUCCCAAGAAAGAGGCAGCAGAGAGCAGGCAGAGCUCCCCCAGGCCAGUGUUAUUGCUCAGUGUGACAGGGGUCAGACACGGGAGCUUAAGGCAACGGGAGUGAAGUGCAGCAGCGGCUGGCCCCGAGGCUCAGGCUGCCAGGCAGUCCUCGGUGACACCCUGUGCUGCCAGCUCUGCCAGCACGUUGUCCAGGUAGUAGGGGUCAGGGUAGCCAUGGCCACUGAGGUUUGUGUCCCUCUCUGUCUUGUGGUGGAUCUCGUUCCACACCACCGUGUUGCUCUCGCCCGUGGUGCUGGAGGUGCCCACAGAGAAAAUGAGGCGCCUCUUCCAGGCCACCCUCAGCAGCUCCAGGACCUGGAGGUGGAAAGAGGAGAACCAAAGCUGGUGCUCAGCAGAUAGGAGACCUGAGCCAUGAGGCUUGACAACCCCAGUCCCUGCUGUAUCAGGAGGAAACCAAAGCUCCCAGCACCAGAAGGGAUCUCCCUCACUUCCUCGUUCCCCGUGGGCUGAGCCUGAUGGGAAGGGCUGUUCCCUGCACAGGGUGUCCCUGACUGGGAAGAUGGUGGCACAAGUUGAGACAAACACACUCCCUGAGGAAGGGAGGAAGGGCAGAGCCAGUGGCUGAACCGUCUGAGCUCAGCAGUGCUCGGUGCCAACCCUUGUAACAGCCCGAGAUAAGGCUGGAGGGUCUUCCCAAAGCUCAGCAGGGUUUUGUGCAGCAAAGGGAUGAGGGAGAACAAGUGUUGAGUCAGAGCUGAGAAGCAGCCACGUCCUGCUUUCAGCUGGGACAGUUAUUUUCUCCCCAGUAGCUGGUACAGGGCUGUGUUUGGGAUUUAGCAUGAGAAUAAUGCUGAGCACACCCUGGUGAAACUGCUGGUUGUUGCUAAUCAGCACCUCCUUACCUUCAGGACUUCUCAGUCUCCCACUCUGCCAAGCCAAGAGCUGCUGGAGGAGCUGGGAGGGAGCUGACCCCAACCAGCCCUGGGGCUAGUCCUGACAGCCAUGUCCAGUGUAUAAACUGGGGGGAGCUGGUGGGGAGGGGCUGACCACUGCUCAGGCCUCAGUGCAUUGGGCAUCUCUUUAUUGCUCAUUAUCCUCUAUUACUAUAUUUCAUUUUAGUCAGGAAACUCUUCUUAACCCACAAGUUUCACUUUUUUUGCCCCAGUUCUCCUUCCUGUCCCACUGAGGUGGGGAGCAGUGACUGAGCUGCUGCUGCUCCACUGCUGCCUGGAGUUAAACCAUGACAGAGGUCUCUGUGGCCAGAAGCAUUAGAAAUACACGUGAGGAACAAACAGCUUCUGAGCAUCACAGGGACACUACCCAAAAAGCAAACCUCCUGUGCCCCUCCACCCACACAAGGCCAAGAACCAACCUGAGCAGGGUUCUCAGGGGCUGACACUUUACCUUUCUGCCCUUCUCGUUGUCUGGCAGGUAACAGUAACGAGGAAAGCCUCUUGCUGUGUAGGGCAUCCCAGGGUUGGGGUGCUCAGGGCCCUGCAACAGAUAAAGAGUUCUUUGCCACGGACAGGACCAUCUCUGCAUGAGUUGGGACAGUCCCUCAGCAGCAGGAUUUGGGAUCAGCCCAGCUCACAUCAGUUCUUGCAUGGAUAAGGAGCAAGGUGUUACUGAUGGUGAGUGAGGUGUCUAAAAUGACAGCUAUUAUGGGCCUCCAAGAGCAGCUUCAUGUUGGGAUGCACAGACAGCUCUUCAGAUUACUUCAGUUCUGGUGGCAGACAGCCCCAAGCACAGCUUGCUUUCCAGGGGAUCUGAUGUCAGCCUCAACCAACCACCCAGCUCAAACCUUUGCAAGCUCACUGCAAGCAGCAAAACCUCAGACCUGGGCUGUGAAACCAGAUGGUGGGGUCUCUCCCAGCUCGUGAGUCUGGGCUCAGUCUCCUCCCUGCUUCAGGCAGACAUUAGUGUUUACUGCAGGUGAAAGGCUGUUGGAGGCUCUGGGGCCACGCUGCAAGUGGGAAAGGAUCUCUCAUGGAGUGUUACAGAAGGUGUGGAAAUUCAUUUUGUUGGUUAUUUGUAAGUAAAAUUCAUCAGUGUCAGCAAAACUAAAGCAAAGUGAGUGUCCUGAGUGACAGCUCCCAGAGAGAGGAGCAUGCCUGAGGAAUGAGGCACAGUGGAGAGUGACAACGAGGGGACUGUUCAAAUCCAUGCACCUCCAAAGCAUCCAAGGACAAUGUUGGGAGUGAUUGCUUCAGAGGAAGAAAAGGGUUUGUUACAUUAACCACUGGGCUGUUCACUGCAAGCCUUUGGUCCUGAGCACCAGGUGACAUUCUGGUCCACAGCAGCAGAUUACCCACAGCUUAAAUGAGUUGGCCAAGUGAUUCUGACAAAUGACUGUAACUGGUGUAAUAAGGGACCAACUGAUCAGUGAUUAACUGUGAAAGUAACAAAUAACCAAUCAAGGUAAAGGGCAAAUGCAGUGAGCAUUCUCAGUGGGCCUUUAUGCAGAGGGGGAAGGGACAGGAGACUGUUGGGUCUCAGUGUUUGUUCAUCCUGAUGCCCUGUGGGCUGUUGUUUGGGAAGGAGCCCUGCUGCAGCCUCAAUAAAGGAUGCCUCUGCUGAUCUCA